ACAUUAGCACGAAACUCCUCUCAGGUGGCGACAUGUCGCUUCACUAACGUUGUAUUCUAAAAUGUGAGCGUAGUUGAUUGGCAGCUUCUGGACCACACAACAUGCUAAUUUUAAAACAUGCAACGCCGUUUGUACCUUGGUGAUGGGUUCUCCACCACUAACAUGUCAUGUUAGCUAGCUUUUAGCAUCCUCCUAACAGCUACACGCUACCUUAGCAUAUGCUAGCCAAAGCCAGGUCCAGCUUCCCCGCUUCUGGGGCGUUUAUCUGCGGACCGGAGGAAAUGUUGGACCUCCCUUCGAACCGUUCCCAGCGAGUGCAGGACGCGGAGGCGAGAACGAGAGACGACGGCUUGAGCCUAUAAACCGGAGACAAGGGAGAAUGAUUACACGAUACAACAGAAGACCUGUAUCGCACAAACUCGAGAUACGUGGGUUGUCUCGCAGCAGCCUCGACCACCACCCUCUCCCGGAGGAGGCAGACGAUAACCGAACUCCUCAGCGGUACCUCCAUGACCUCCAUGACCUCCAGGAAGCUGUCUCCGCUCACAACAGCUCAGAGACGUCUGCUGCCUCCAGCCACUCCGACUGUCCCACCGUCAUUUCAGUAGAAUCCAACCAGUCCUGGUCCGGCAUCCACAGCUCGGCAGGCACUGGCUUCUCCACAGAGAGGAGCUCCGUGUUCUCCUGGGGCUACGAUGAGUUCGACAAGGCAGCGUCACGGCAGGUGCAGCAAAUGUUUGAGGAGAUCGACAGAGGGCUGUACGAGGAAGGACUCAGCGGGGGAGGGAUGCUCCAGGGGCUUAAGGAUGAGUGUCAGGAGUGGGCCACACGUUUCCCACAUCUUCGUAUCCUGGGGACUCAGCUGAUGUGUCCAAGUGACGAGGGCUUUCAGUGGUACGCGUCUUCCGCGAAAGGCAGCUCUGCCGGCGACCCGUCAUCAGAAACAGAGAGCGGUGUGAAGUGCCAGGAGGGCGAUACGGGUGGCACAGAGUUGAACGUUCAGGGAAGGAGAGCGGCGCUGAUCGAGGCCUCCUCGGCGGAGUGGGAUGAACCUCCCGGGGGCUCCGGCGGUCACGAGAAGCCGAGAGUGAUUGAAGUGGAGGGGCUGAUGGAGGAGUACCUCGCCUACGACAGCAGGGACGCGGAGGACGAGUGGGAGCAGGGCAGUUCGGAGUCGGGUCGGAGGCAUCACUCUCUGCCCCCCGUGUCCCCGUACCGGUGUCGCCGUCGCGCCGUCCUCGACGUGCUGUUUGAUGAUGUGUGGCGGCAGCUGGUUGGCUGGAUGAAGGAGCUGGUUCAACGCCACUGGGAAUACUGCACCUCAAGCGAUGAAAGGAUUUGUGGGAACCUGAGCCCCGCGCCGCGGGACUCCCAGAACCCCUUCGUGCUGCUCUCCAUGCUGCCGACGGUGCUGCCCAAACUCGGCCAGAGCAGGGUGCCCCCCCUCGCAGGCGGGCUUCAGUGUCAGAACCCAAAGUCAAGGGGCUCAAAGCACAAGUCCAGACGGAAACCCAAAAAGCAGAAAAGGCCGUCCGCUGCUGGAAGGGUCCCAGUAGCAGCAGCAGCGACCCAGCAGAACCUCAAUGACCUGAUUGUGAUCCACGGCAUCCCCCUGCAGCAGAGGAACCUCGGUGUGCUGGAAAGAAACCAGGAGCCAGAGGAGCGGGCGUUCCACCGGCCGGGCUUCAGCGCGGCGCCCUCCUGCAAACCGUGCCCCCGCAGAGCCGUCCUGGAGCAGAGCUCGUCCUCGCUGUCCCGCCCGGCACAGUCGGCCCGCCGUAGGAACCCUCCCCCCCGAACCCUGCUGCCACAUGUUCCCAGCCCGAGUCUGUCCUGUGCGGCGGGGUCCAUGGACGAGGUCAUUCGCGGGACACGCCUACCCACUGCCAGCGACUGCCUCACGGCCCCCGUGUUGCCCCGGAGAAGGAACACGCUGUUACCCCCCAUCGGCACUGGAGACCCGGAGUCGUCUCACUCGGUGUGCAAACCUGCCCAGCGUCCGAGAGGCCCGUCCAGCCGCGCCCAGAGUGCUAUAAAUAAUGAAGCCGGCAGUUCAAUUCCGAGGGAUCGUCACCACCUACUGGACGUCUUCUCUCGGCCCAACACCACUCACACAUACAGGUCCGACACUCCUUACCGUCGUUCCUUCACCGUGUUGGACAACAUCGCGCCGGGGCGGCAAGGCAGAGCCUCCGUAGCCACAGACUCCCUUGGUAUCGGCGUGACGGGCGUCAGCCUCGGCAUCAGCAGCUCGUCUUUCUUGGACUCGUUUUCCCACCACCCCUCGGGACACGUGGCCAUCAAGGACGAAGAGGAGCCCGACCCACGAGCCCCCGUCCCAGCGACGCUGGUGCCCGAGUCAGUCCCACCGCGGUCUCACACCAGGGGAGGCACCUCAACCAGAGCCAGCAGGCCGUGCUUGUAGUUCCUCCGAACCCCUUUGGCAUUCAUCUUUAUUCCCCCCAACAAAGUACAACCCUCUGCAGCAUCUGUGUCCCUCUUCUUUUUUUUUUUUUAACAGAAGUAGCAGAUUGUGCAUUUCGCAGAAUGCUUUGAUGACGUGUUUUUUGUUUAGGGCCUAUUUUUGUAUUUCAGAAAUCGGCUCAUGCGGCUGCCAAAAACACAGGAACUCCGUCGUCACGGACAGCAUGAGCUGUAGGUGAAGACAUUUGUACUUUGUAUUUAUGAUCUGAACGUGUAUACACCUAUUUAUAUGUGAAUGUACAGCACAUUACCCCCUAAAUGGUAAAGGAUUAUGCAGGGAAUACACAUCCACUCGGACAGGGAUAAAAAGCACUUUUCCUCUGAUGGAACAUUAUAGUUUGGUACUGUUUCUUUUAUGAGGACAACAUUUUUAACUGUUUCAUCAGAGGAGGGAAUAUGGUGGCUGAACAUCUCUGUAGCCCACAUGCUUUUGCAUUUACACCUCCAAAAUGUGUUGGAAUGGAAGAAACUGAAGAGCUACGGUAUUAUUAUGAUGGUACCAAUUACUGUAUUAGAGCUACACAUUCCUUGUUACUUUAGCAAAGUCAUCUGUAAAAAUCAGGGUCAUUACAUGAAGUUAAUAAAAUAAUAAAUCAGA